GCAGGGCCCGGGGCGGAACACGAGCGCCGGGAGCGGAGCGGGGCGGGGGAUCCGCCUCUCCCUCACGGCGGGCGCUGUGCGCGGCUGGGGCUUGUUCGGCCGUGCGGGGUUUGGGGACAGCCGGGGCCUGGCUGCGGGCCCCCGGUGCACCUGCGGGGCACAGCUCCGCUCCUGGCUGCGGGCCCCCGGUGCACCUGCGGGGCACAGCUCCGCUCCUGGCUGCGGGCCCCCGGUGCACCUGCGGGGCACAGCUCCGCUCCUGGCUGCGGGCCCCCGGUGCACCUGCGGGGCACAGCUCCGCUCCUGGCUGCGGGCCCCCGGUGCACGGGCGGGGCACAGCUCCGCUCCUGGCUGCGGCAUUCCGUGCCCAAAGCUGCCCCGCCGCUGCCAGAGGCAGAUCCGCAGGCCUCUGCUGGGCCCGGCUGGGUCUCUCUUGAUUCCAUCUCCCCAGAUGUCCCCUUCUUCCCAGGCUUUCCGUCUGCUAAAUGUCAUUCCUAGCCCCCGUGGUGGACAAAAGUCUGAUUGAUUUAAUUUGUGGUAACUCCAGGUGCUGCAAAGGGACACGCGACAUCUGAGGUGCCUCAUGAGAGGCAGAUUUCCAAAACAUCGAGGGUUUGGAUAAUUAAAAUAUUAAUUAAAAAGAAAAAGUGACAGUUUCCACCAUCCCUUUUCUUUCAAAUUGUUUGGAAGAGCAAUACAUGCCAUAGCACGGAUUAGUGAUGAAUUUUGGUUUGACCCCGUAGAAAAAGGUCUUGCCUUGAGAUCAGUGAAUUCCUCGAGGUCAGCGUAUGCAUGUGUGUUCUUCUCAUCCAUGUUCUUCCAGCAGUACUGCUGCACAGCUCUGCCCCAGCCCUGGCAGAAGGAGAAGCAGUUAUCCCUGCCCUGUAAAUUGAUAAUUAAGUCAGUUCUCCCUGUGUUUAGAUGUGUAAAUGUGCUGGAAAGGAAUGUAGAGAAAUGCAGCAUCUCCAGGAGCCCCAGUGAGCAGCACAUCACCUUCCAGCUGCUCUGCAGGCACGGUGUUGUAAAAACCUAUAACCUGACAUUUCAGGAGUGUGAUCCCUUGCAGGCUGUUUUUGCAAAGCACAUGUGUCCAAACAUUCUUAAAGUCCACUCCAGGCUGCUGGCUGAUGUGAUGAUCCACUUCCCAACCAGCCAGGAAGAAAUAACCUUGUCAGUAACUCCAAUGAAAGUUUGUUUCAAGAGUUACACUGAGGAAGACACUGACUUUUCAAGGACAAUGCUUACUGAGAUACAGCUCAGUCCAGAGGAAUUUGACUACUUUCAAGUUGGAGUAGAUUCUGAAGUGACAUUUUGCCUUAAAGAACUGAGGGGCCUGCUGGCGUUCUCCGAAGCCACCAGCGCUCCCGUGUCCAUCCACUUCGACAGAUGUGGGAGACCCAUUGCAUUCAGCAUUGAGGAGCUGCUGCUGGAGGCCAGCUUUAUCCUGGCUACCUUGUGUGAGGCUGAGGAGGAGGCAGCUCCCCCAGAGCCUGCCUGCUGCCCACGGCCCUGGGACAGCUCAAGGACUGGCAUGGAUAAAUGUGACCAGACCUCCAUGGAUGCAGCCAGCAACACAGGCACAGCUGCUUCCAGAAAGCCACAGCAGAAGGGAAGCACUCCGAGCACGGACCCUGCAACACCCCCAAGUGGUCUGGCAAAACAAGAGGUAAAAAAUAUUCCCAGAGGCUCAGAGAGGGACGUGCCAGGCAGAGCAGGAGCAGCCACGGCCCAGGCAGCAGCAGGAGAGGCCACAGAGGCUCCUUAUGCCAAGGUGAGGGAACUGCCCACGGUGCCAGCAGUGGAACCCCAGAGCUGCUGUUGGGCUGAGCACCCCACAUGCACUUGGGGGUUUCAGUGGGAUCAGCUGGCACAGCUGGAAAACCCCAGCACUGCUGGGAACACUCCUGGGGGCAGGUGGGUUUCACUGGGAAAUGCUGCUGGCUGAGAAAGAUCUUACAGUGGCAAAAGCUUCACAAAUAAUUAAUGCUCAAAUUCUGUAUCACAGAAUUCUUACCUGGACAAAUAUUGCAUUUUCCAGUUCCACUCCUUAUUCUUUGGAGCUGUCUCUUACAAGGAGAAGGAGGCCAUUGGUGACACCUUCCAGAGCUUGGUGACAGCCAGUGACACUGAGGAGGAGCUGGGUGCCUUGCAGAGCUCCCCAGUUCUGUAGUGCAGGCCUUGGGCUCCAAGGACAGACAGUGGGGAGUGCCCAGCAGGGCAGGGCAGGCCCAGCCUUUGUCACUGGUGCUGUGACCCAGCAGCACAGAACGUUCUGGAACUGUCAGUGCUCUUGCAAUGGCACAAAUUGAGGUCACCAUUGACUCCGUUGAGGUUUGUGUGCUCUGCAGGAGCUGCUGGGGGUUCUGCUCUCAGAACACUCACUGGAGAGAGGCUCAGUUUCAGUUCAAACUCUGUUACCACAUCAGGCAAAUGAAGCCACUGUUCUGGUUAAGGGAGAACUCAGGUUUUUACAGGUUCUCUGGAACCAGCCUUUAACUGAAAAACCAAAGUUGUCACAGGACUGCAUUUAAAAAAAUAAAGGUUUGAGUUUCA